AUUGUGUCCGAAUUUUCCAUCCUCUCGCUGGAGAAGGGGAGGAGCGGUAGGGGACCCCGCGGAGCGGAAGGGGGCCUCGGGGCGGAGAGGAAGCAGGAAACUCACCGACCCUGCGGGCUCUGCUAGACGGAGUCGGCGUUGGAAGCCCUUUUGCCAAGACUCUGUGGAAAAUAUGCCUCGAAGUUAUUUAAAUUCCCUUCAUGUACCUCUCUGGCAAUUUUCUUCACACCCAUCCAUCGUCUCCCGGAGUUCGAGUGGAAGGAUGCAUUCCGCGCUUCACAGCCGCGCUUACACUUUGUCGAUUUAGCAAUUCUGAAACCAGACCCAUCCCUUUUUAAAAAAUUACUUCGCACGAUAUUUUCACUUUUUCUGUGCGUGUGCCCGGAUUUCGUCCUCUAACGCAUUGGAAGAUCAGCUUUGAAAUUAAAAAACAAUGGAGAAGACCCAAGAAACAGCCCAAAGAAUUCUUCUAGAACCUUACAAGUACUUACUUCAGUUACCAGGUAAACAAGUGAGAACCAAACUUUCACAGGCGUUUAAUCAUUGGCUGAGAGUUCCAGAAGACAAGCUGCAGAUUAUCAUUGAAGUGACGGAAAUGUUGCAUAAUGCCAGUUUACUCAUCGAUGAUAUUGAAGACAACUCAAAACUCCGUCGUGGCUUUCCAGUGGCACACAGCAUCUAUGGAAUUCCGUCUGUCAUCAAUUCUGCCAAUUAUGUAUAUUUUCUUGGCCUAGAGAAAGUCUUAACCCUUGAUCACCCAGAUGCAGUAAAGCUUUUUACCCGCCAGCUUUUAGAACUCCAUCAGGGACAAGGCCUGGAUAUCUACUGGAGGGAUAAUUACACUUGCCCCACUGAAGAAGAAUAUAAAGCAAUGGUGCUGCAGAAGACAGGAGGACUAUUUGGAUUAGCAGUAGGUCUCAUGCAGUUGUUCUCUGAUUACAAAGAAGAUUUAAAGCCACUACUGAAUACACUUGGGCUCUUUUUCCAAAUCAGGGAUGAUUAUGCUAAUCUACACUCCAAAGAAUAUAGUGAAAACAAAAGCUUUUGUGAAGAUCUAACAGAGGGAAAGUUCUCAUUCCCUACUAUUCAUGCUAUUUGGUCAAGGCCUGAAAGCACCCAGGUGCAGAAUAUCUUGCGCCAGAGAACCGAAAAUGUAGAUGUUAAAAAAUACUGUGUACAUUAUCUUGAGAACGUAGGUUCUUUUGAAUACACUCGGAAUACUCUUAAAGAGCUUGAAUCUAAAGCCUAUGAACAAAUCGAUGCAUGUGGUGGGAACCCUGAGCUAGUAGCUCUAGUAAAACACUUGAGUAAAAUGUUCAAAGAAGAGAAUGAAUAAUAUUAAGCCAUUCUUGAUUAGGCCUGAUAGCCUAGUUGACUUUUUUUUUUUUUUUUUUUUGUCUUUUAGCCUAUUACCUUUUUUAGAAUUUGGACCAAGCUGUUAGUCUCCAAAAACUGAGUGAUAGUGGUGACGUGAGUGAGGUUGUUUCAGUAUAGAAUCCCCGCGUACAGAUAAUCAUAGUACCAAGUUGAAGCAAUCAAAAGGAGCCACGUUUAAAUGAGUCUAAUUUGAAUGUCAGAAUGUGCUGUGUUGGGACGUUGUGGCCAACUCUGCCAUGCAUGUUCUGUUGAUUCUGUCAAUAAAGAAGACUUCAGCUCCAGGAAUUUUUAUCCACGUACUUCCUAACUGUACUAUACGGGCAGUUCACAAUUCAUCUACCCCAUUUCCAAGCCAUUGACUACUUGGGACCAGUUUCUAUAGCUAGCUGGCCCAAAGACCACAGGAACUCCUCUUUCUUCCUAAAUGUCGUUGCUUAGAAUAGCUCAUUCUUCUCCCUGGAAACUCCCUUAGUAAAGUCUUCCAUGAGAAAGCUGACAGUGACAAGCAGUAAGCAUUCUGGGCCUCUUUUCCUUCCUCCCAACCCAGCAAAUUCUGCUGUUUAUUUAACCAAGGAGUCUCCACUGGAUGAAAUUUACGCACUAGCCCAAAUUCUUUUUCCUUCUAAUGUAACUUGUGCCUCAAAACUAAUUAGUAUCUGGGUACAGCAGUAUCUUUCCAUUUGUGGGGGGGAAAAAGGUACAUGGAAAAAGUAUUUUAGGAAGGAGCCUUUAAACCUUUUUAUACUGUCUUAUCAUUAGUAGUAAAAAUCAUAAAAGAGCUGUUUGCUCACAAGUACAAAAGCUGGGGGAACUGUCCUUUUCCUUCCCACCCGCAUUGUUAACCCCACUGUAGGCAGUUGGUGCUUGAAUGGAAAAGGAAGUAGGCAUCUUUAAUCUCCAUGAUUAAAGGAAAGAAAAGUGUUAACCUGAGAGCUAGUGCCUGACUGAAAAUUAGCCAAAGGCUACACUAUCAGGCACAGUUAGCUUUAUAGUGCCUUAACCCUGACUAUCCCUUUUGUUUCAUUUUAAACCCUCAGCCCCUGGAGCUGUCUUAGGUCUUACGGCACAAGAGGUAUGAAAAAAGAGACCUUGAUUUCUGUAUGAGAAGUGUCACUGACAUCCCAAAAUGAAAGUAUGUACUUCUCAGUAGCAUUACAUUUUGCUUGAUUGGUUGUACAGUGUGUUAUCUUAGAUCAAACCACCAUAUUUUUGUAUGAGAAAUUCUCACCAAAGCACUCAACCUAAAUCUUUUUUGAAAAGUUGGGUAUUGCCUUUACUAACUUUUAGAAUAAUUUGAAUCUUCCAUUUUAAUUGAUCCAAGGAAAGCUCUUCUGAAAAUCAUACAUAUUUGUGUUACACUAUGGAUAUUUGAACUUUGUUUUUAUGAACCUAUAACAAACUUGAUAUUAAAAAAGAUCUAAUGCUAACUAUAUAGACAGAAAUGAAGUUAUUUACCUAUAAGUAUAAUGAUUGCUUAAAUAGAUUAUUUCUUACCUAAUCAAAUUAAUUUUGGCCUGGUGCUACUCAUGAUUCUUUUCUCAUUUAUUAUUUUUUUUUAAUUUAUUUUUGGCUGUGUUGGGUCUUUGUUGCUGCAUGCGGGCUUUCUCUAGUUGCGGCAAGCGGGGGCUACUCUUCGUUGCAGUAUGCGGGCUUCUCAUUGCAGUAGCCUCUGGCUCCAGGCACACGUGGGCUUCAGUAGUUGUGGCUUGCGGGCUCUAGAGCGCAGGCUCAGUAGUUGUGGCACACAGGCUUAGUUGCUCCGCGGCAUGUGGGAUCUUCCCAGACCAGGGAUCGAACCCAUGCCCCCUGCAUUGGCAGGCAGAUUCUUAUCCACUGUGCCACCAGGGAAGCCCUCUUUUGUCAUUUUUAUCUUGCCUUUCAGUGACAGAAAUGCUUGUCAUUGAAUUGGGGACUUAUAAAAAGAGUUAUGUAUUAAAUCAUCAAAAAUCUAUUUUCACUUGAACCGUAGUCAUGAUGGUUAAUACAGAAGAAAAUCAAAUUGAUUUUCUUUGUUGGCAAAAUCAAAAGAAUGAAGGCUAGUUAUGUUGCUAUAAAUGACUUUCAGACCUCAGCAAGAUUUUAAAUACAUCAGCUCUUCUCUUAUUCCACUCUGUCAACUUCCUUACUUGACUUCCUUCUCUUCUUAACCUAUAACCUAUAGUCUUUCACUUCAGGGAGCCUUUCAAGAGCUUUCUCAGAUCACUUUCCUCCUUUCCUUAGGCCCCUCUCAUCCUGCCAGUUCCCAAUCCUGCAUGAAUCCAAGGGUCCACGUGCUUUGCUCCUCCCACGUUGCCAAGUGCUGCUGGGGAACGUUUUCACAACUGCUGUAGCCAUUGCAAAUUAAUGUAUUAAAACCUCAAUAGCCCUUUUAUUUUUCAUCUAAUCC